AUGGACGAUACGACAAGCUAUGUUCCAGCGCCAUAUGGCCGGGCUUGUGCCAACUGUGCCCGAGCCAAAUGCAAAUGUAUCAUUCCGGAGACAGGGGGCAUGUGCGCAAGAGCCGAUCGCUCGCAACUGAUACCUCAAUCCCCUGGCCCUGCAAUACUUGAUCAAAAUCGAGUUUCCUCGGGAUGUCAAGAUGCCAUCCCCGCUCUCCUUACACCGGAAGGCAGCACGCCGCACGGAGACUCUCCUGGCGGCUCUUUUACAACUUCGCGAGGGCGAGCAGGGCGAACAGAGGCCUAUUCCUCGCAUACAGCCGACACCGAGGCAGAGGAAACUCUUAAGUCCUUCCGCAGCGGGCCUCUGGAGUAUCUUCCAUUUGUGCAUAUUCCAGACCGCGUUAGUGCUGCAGAACUGAAGACGGAGUCUUCGUUUUUAUGGCAUUGCAUCUGCGCAGUACAGUGCAAGCAGACCGCGGGUCAGACUGCCCUCAGUCUUAGCAUCAGAGAAAGGGUAGCGCAGGCGCUACUUGUGGACUGUCAAAAGAAUCUGGAUCUUCUACAGGGCCUAUUGGUCUAUCUAGGCUGGAUCACCUUCCACUGUCAACCCCAAAAGUAUUCUCUUUGUACAUACAUCCAACUAGCAAUAUCCAUCGUCUUUGACUUGGGACUCCACAAAACUCCGCUGGAUGAUUCACGUCCCGCCCAUUGCAAUGGGAGCGGUCCUAUUCACAACCUCAAGUUUCCGGCUCUCCCAACGCGGACCAUGAAUGAGCGACGCGCCGUACUCAGCUGCUUUCUCCUAAGUUCCUGGCCAGAUCCAAUGCGUUGGACAGCGCACAUGAAGGAAUGUCUAGAGGUCUUGAAUGAGAGAAAGGAGACCUCCAACGACGCGGUCCUUGUACAGCUUGUUCAGAUUCAACUCGUCGUGGACAAGGUGAUCAGACGGUCGUGGGACGAAAGCGAAAUCACCGCGGAUGGUUCGGACGUCCCCCGGUUGCCGACAUCCUUUUUCAUACAAGCGAUGCAACUACAGCUGCAGAGCAUCAGAAAUCAGAUUUCACCUGAGCUGGCGGAAAAUAAGGUUGUGCUUUUCCAUUUAUACCAAGCCGAAGUGGCCCUAUACGAGACUGCACUGUCGAGAUCAGCGACAAGAGUCGAAGACGUGGAUGUGACUCGUCUCAGCCAUCUAUAUGCCUGCCUAGCAGCCACUAAAAACUGGCUUGAUCUCCUUCUCGCCGUCAGUCCUGAAAAAUAUGUCUCCCUGCCGGUAACGAUUAUCUUCCAAAUCUCACACUGCAUGAGUGCCUUGUUCCAUCUUUCUACAUUUGACUGUCCGGGCUGGGAUCGAGAAGCUGUUGCCCGAACGGCUGACCUCCAGUCCAUCUCACAGCAGGUAAUUAACCGAUUGGAUUCAGUGGCCGAAGCGGCGGGCAUUCAGAACGAAGGAACGGAUGGGGAUUCGUGGAGCAAGGCGGCCAGCUUCAUUCCUAAACUGCAGGCUAGUUGGGCGUCUAAACUCCUAAAUGCUGCAACUAUGGACUCAAUGGAACAAUCAUCUUCUCUCCCAAGUGUUGAUGAGGGCUUUCUCGAGACCUAUCUCAAUUGGCCGGAUGCCGCAUGGUUGAUGGAACCGCUGAUGCUGGGGACUCAGAAUGGAGUGUGA